AUGAGUGACUCUUUCAUCAUCGCCAUCCACUUCGGCAGGUCGUACAGCGGCUACGCCUUCAGCCUGACGGCCAGAGAGGCAGAGAUCGACCCCAUGGUCAAGUACUGGGGGGCAGAGGUGGGGCAGAAGACGGUGAAGACUCCCACCUGCAUCCUUUUUGAUGAGCAUGAAGAAUUCAUGUCCUUUGGUUAUGAAGCCCAGAGGUAUUAUCACAGGAUGAGGGGGGAGGAGGCUCGACACAAGUUCUUCUUCCAAAGCUUCAAGAUGUCGCUCUACGGCAGAAAACUACACGACGGUGUGACCAUUCCUGCAGCCAGUGGCAAACCGAUGAAGGCCCUGAAAGUUUUCACAGAGGCCCUGAGAUUCAUGAAGGACGACGCUCUGAAAACCAUCAACAGCUCCUCUGGGAAAGUGUUCAACCAAUCAGACUUCUGCUGGGUGCUGACUGUUCCUGCCAUCUGGGAUCCUUCAGCCAAGCAGUUCAUGAGGAGAGCUGCCACUCAGGCUGGGAUUGUGACUGAAGGGAAGGAGGACUGGCUGGUCAUCGCACUGGAACCAGAGGCAGCCUUAAUGUGGUGUAGGAAGCUCCCAGCUGAUGGCUUCAUAGCAGAAAACCAGGGAGAAGUCAGUCUGGAUCAGUCUCCAGGAACACAGUACAUCGUUGUGAACUGUGGAGGUGGAACCAUCGACGUCACGGUGCACGAGGUCCUGGAUGGAGGAGCCCUGAGGGAGCUGCACAAGGGCUCUGGAAAUAACAUGGGAGGACAAAGUGUGGACAGAAAGUUCAAAGAGUUCCUCAAAGAGAUCUUUGGUGAUGCUCUGUGGGAAAAGUAUGAACGAGAGCAUCCAGGAGAGCUGCAGAAAAUGAUGUAUGAAUUCACAUUUUCAAAGAGACACGAUGACGAAGCAGAGAUUAGCUGUCCCUACAACCUCACAGAGCUAGCUAAAGAGAGUGGGAGAGACAUGGAGAGGUUCUUUGAAGGGGUGAGAGGAGCCUCCUGGGAUAAGGGAUCCAUCCAGAUCUCCAAGCAGAGGAUGAGGUCUUUCUUCAGUGACAGUCUCAGAGGCAUCACCAACUGCCUGAAGGAAAUCCUGAGGAAAGAUUUCCACAUCGACUACAUCUUGCUGGUGGGGGGCUACAGUGAGAGUGAGACUCUGCGUCGGCACGUCAUCAAUCAGUUCAAAGGUCAGUGUAAAGUUCUGUGUCCUGUCAGAGCUCAGGAGGCCAUCCUAUUGGGAGCCGUGAUAUUUGGAACAAACCCCGCCCUGGUGGCUUCUCGUAAAAGUGCCUUCACUUACGGAGUUAAAACCACCAGGAACUUUGAUCCGUCCAAGCACCGAGAAGACAAGAAGUUCACCACAGACACCGGAGACCUGUGUGGUGAUGUCUUCAAGAUGCUGGUGGAGAUCGAUGGGGAUGUGGGCUGGACAGAAACCAGAGAGUUCAGCUUUACUCCAAACAAUCCCACUCAGACCACCAUGAGCUUCUCUUUUUUCCGCACAGAGAGAAACAACCCACAGUAUGUGGAUGAUUGGGGGGUGGAGGAGAUCGGAUCCGUUAAGGUGAGCAUGCCCAACACCACUCGAGGCAGAGAUCGCAGAGUUAAACUAGAAAUCAAGUUUGACUUGUGAGAGAUGAAGGCCACGGCCACAGACGAAGACUCUGGCUGCACCGAAUCAGUAGAGCUGGACUUUAUGAGGAAGUUCUGAGGAAGACCCCCGAGAUCCUGGAUCCUACUGCUCAACCAGCUCUGGUGGAACUGGUUAGCUGUUUGGAGGAGCAGCUACAUGCUGUCACUGUGAAAUGGUCGAAAAGAUUCACCGUGAAGACAAUCCUGGAAAACAAUCUAGAAUAACGUUUGUUUACUGCUUUUUAAAUUAGUCGACAUACUUUGAUGAAGAUCCAAUGAGGGCUUUAUUUCUGGUUGGGAUCAAGCAGAUUACCUUGUUAAACAGUCUUAAAGACCUGAAUGAUGGUCAGAUUGUUUGUCAGUGUGUUUGAGAAACAAGGAGUUUUCUAUGUUCUUUGUAUCAGAAGCUUUUCUUCUGAAACUCAUUUGAUGAUUUUAAAUGUGAAUUUUGAUUGAAAAAUAAAUCUUC